AUGGGGAAAGCUCUGGGCACUUUUAGAGCUGUCUAUCUCGUCGUCCUGCUGCGUGGGCUCGUUCCUCUUCGCGUACGACACCGGUAUCGUCGGCGCGAUCCUCACUCUGCCAGAAUUCCUUCCAGGAAGACUUUGGAUAUGGGCCGGGUAGCAGAGAAGACGACAGUGAAUUCCAAUGCGACUAGUCUUUUGCAUUGCUGGCUGGAGCUAAUUAUGCAAUUAGGUAUGUAUGUAUGUACAUACCUCAGGGUCUCUUCACUUCAAUAUCAGUCCACAUUGCAUUCAUUCAUUUCCAUUUUGUUUUAUAGCGAUCAGUGA